CCGCCCCAUAACUCCGCUGCAGCCUGAGGGGAGCCAGGCGCACUCGGGCCCCGAAUAUAACACAAAUUAUUCCGAGGGGGGUGGGGGGAGAAAAACAUCGGGAAAAGAAGAAGUAACCGACGGAUCGAAGCGGGCCGAAAGGGAUCGGCGGCGUGGGGCUCUCCCGCGGUGAGUGUCUGCUGCGAGAUGGAAGUUACCGGGGCUCCAUGUGAAAUUCACUAAUGCGGUGCUGGAAACUUUUCCGAUAAAAAUGCAGAGCAGCCUUUCUCCCUCACCGCCAACCAUAGCUGUUGGGACCGGGUGAGGACGAGAGACAAGGAGAGGAGCGACCCAGGCAGAAAGAAAGAGCUGUAAAGAGAAGCAGUGUUUCAACAGAUUCCGGCGAACCUCGACGUCCCAGCCGGGUUCUAGACGCGUUGUGUGAGCUGUCUUAUCCAUCCCUCCCCGCCCUCCUCCCCACGCACCCAACGUCCCACGCUGAGCCCGCCGGGCAGGGGAGUCACGGGUGACCCUUCAUGGCCGUGGUACUCUAGGGCUGCCAUGGCAGCUGCUGCCGCCGAUGCCUCACACCGUUUUACCGCACUGACGCCGGAGGAAGAGGGACGACGAGCCGCCGCCAAGCUGCCACGGAUAGAGAGGGAGAGAGAGCGAGAGAGGGGGAAAGAGAGAGAGUGGGAGACGGCGGACGAAGGAGAGGGGGUCGGGAAAGUCACAGGGAACGAGUGUUUGGUGUGCGGGGCCCUGUUCGCCUCCCAGGAGAAGCUCCGGCUCCACGCCUCUGAUCACACGGGAGAGAAACCCUUUCACUGCUCGCAGCCACACUGUCCCAAGGCCUUCAGCUCCAAAUACAAACUCUUAAGGCAUAUGGCCACACACUCUCCACAGAAGACCCAUCAGUGUUCGUUCUGUGAGAAAAUGUUCCAUCGCAAAGACCAUCUAAAGAAUCACCUGCAGACCCAUGACCCAAACAAGGAAGCCUUUAAGUGUGAGGAGUGCGGGAAGCACUACAACACCAAGCUGGGAUAUAAGCGCCAUGUGGCCAUGCACUCUGCCACGUCAGGGGAUCUCACCUGCAAAGUGUGCAUGCAGAGCUACGAGAGCACGCCCGUGCUCCUGGAGCACCUCAAGACCCAUUCCGGGAAGUCUUCGGGCGGCACCAAGGAGAAGAAGCACCCGUGUGACCACUGCGACCGCCGCUUCUACACGCGCAAGGACGUGAGACGGCACAUGGUGGUCCACACGGGCCGAAAGGACUUCCUCUGCCAGUACUGUGCCCAGCGCUUUGGCAGGAAGGACCAUCUGACACGCCACGUGAAGAAGAGCCACUCGCAGGAGCUGCUGAGGAUCAAGACAGAGCCCUCGGAUAUGUUAGGUCUUUUAGCGUCCGGGUCACCGCCCUGCUCUGUGAAGGAGGAGCUUAGCCCAAUGAUGUGCGGUAUGGGUCCCAACAAAGACCCAAUGAUGGGCAAACCCUUCCCCAGCGGGGCCCCUUUUCCGAUGGGCAUGUACAACCCCCACCAUCUCCAGGCCAUGUCAAACUCUGGGGUGGGUCACCCGCACCCGUCCCUCAUGCCCGGUCCCUUGUCUGCAGCUAUGGGUAUGGGCUGCCACAUGGAAUCCCCCGGACCGCUGCACCCACGCUCCCACCACCAUCACCAUCACCACCACCAUCACCACCACCACCAUUCCCCUCCGCUCCCCUCACACCACCAGCCUCAGGCUCCCCAGCAGCAGCACCAGCCAGCCCACAAAUACCAGCUGGGAUCUACCUCAUACCUGCUGGACAAGCCCUUGAAAGUGGAGAUGGAGAGCUUCCUCAUGGAUCUGCAGAGUGGCUCUCCAGGCCCGGUUCCCUCUGCAGAUCUAAAUGCUGCUGCCUCACCCACUAAGGACGGACUGGAACCCACCUCGGGCCUGGUGGACGAGCUUUGUGGGGAUCACCUCCUGUCCAAGAGCCCUGCGGUGAUCGCCGAGUCUCUGUGUGCUGCUAACAUGGACUUCUCCCACCUGCUGGGCUUCCUGCCCCUCAACCUACCUCCCUACAAUGCGCCCAUGGGCACAGGAGGGCUGGUGAUGGGCUACACCUCAUCUGUGACCCCCUCCUCUUCCUCCUCCUCCUCCUCCUCCUCAUCUCUGCACGCCGCCGAGCCCCACGCCACGGCGGUCGCCAUGGCAGCAGCUGCUGUCGCCACGGCACCUUUUACCUCUUUGCAACCGCAACCUCAGGAGCAGCAGUGCUCCAGCGGGGGCCUGGGUCUCGGACCCCUGCACCCCCACCCACCAGUGUUCAGCUCCAGCCUUAGCACCACCACGCUGCCUCGCUUCCACCAGGCCUUCCAGUGAGAGAGCCUCUCCUGGGCCUCAGCUCGGCUCGGUGUGGAUUCUUGGGGGUCUUUGCAGGGCCCGCCGAAGACGUUUGGAUUAGAAUGAACAAAAAACACAAAUGAACACGUAGAAGCCUUAAAUGAAAGUACACAAAAGCUUUUGAUUUAGCCUUAAAAGGAAGUUAAACCUCUUAGAACAACAAUUGAAAAGGUGAGAAAGGAAGUUGGAGCAGCUUUUAUUUGCCCCUCAUCCUAUACUUAUAACAAUGUAUUAACCCACCAACCCUUUUUGAUUUCCAUUUACUCCCCCUUUCCAUCCCAUAUUUAGUAGUAUAGAGGGCAGGAUCAGUAGGCCAAAAGGCGUGGUACUGUAAUAAUAUAUAUAAAAAAUUAAAAAAAAUCAAAGAUCAUUUUUAGUGAAGAUUAUGUCUUGUGACCCAGAACAAAAAAUAGUUUGAAGUGGAUACUUUGUUUUACUUUAUUUUUCUUUUCCAUGUCUCAUCUUUGAGUUUUGAACCAGCCACCCUAAUGACCUGAAAGCACCAUGGUUACCAGGGUCAACCUCUUUCUGUCAGUGAAGGAACAAAGAGAGAUUGAGCCAGAGAUUGAACCUCAGCUCUUCAAAACACUCCUCUUGACAAGAGAAAAAAUAGCCCCUUCAUAUGACAAACAGACCCUAGUCAUACGCAUGGCCCCCCAGUUUUUGAGGAAAAGUGAGUGAAAGUGUGAAGGUUGGUUAAAGAUUUUGAAAUCCCACACCCGCUUUUUUUUUACCGUUCCUAAAGAGAAGCACUUUUUAAACUUUUUUUUUAGCAGAUGGCAGUUGACCGUUGGAAACCUUUUGUCUCCUUCCUUGUGACUUCUGGAGGUUCUCAAAGACUUACUCCUGACUCUACUUCCUUCACCUGCCUCCCCCCCCCCCCGUCCCAUCGCCCCACCCGUCUAACAGUUGUCUUUUAAAGUCCCAAUGAAAAUUGCAUAAUGAUAAUUGCUUCUUGGCAACAUCUCACAUCUUUAGGCAGUCUUUAAAAAAAAGAUGAAUCAUCAUGGUAAUGAUGAACCCUGACAUAUGUGAAUGGCAAAAACAAAAGAUUUCAGUGACAGAUGAGUAAAAUGUUAUAAAGAAUGUUAUUGCUGUGUACGAAAUAUCUCAAAAAUGAAUAUUAUUGCUUUUUAUCUCAGUAAGGUGUAUUUUAGGUAGACGUAUUAAAAUUUAAGCGAUGAUGUUUUUUUAUGUCUGGCAGGUUUACAUUUGUGUGUAUCUUGCAUUUUUGAUCAACAAACGGAUGAAGUAUUAGCUUUUUCCCCUCAAGCUCUUUUCUGUCCUCUCCCGUCUUUACCUUUACACGUGCUGGGGUUAGUAUAGCGAAUUACAACUGUGGAUGGGAAGUGUCUCCAGAAGGCUGUUAGUGCCUUAGUAAUCAACUUGGAUUAUGGACCCGGGCGGCGUACCGGUGGAUUCCGGAACCUCUGUGCUGUGAGGAAAAGUCCAUUCACAGCCAGACGAUUUCAACCCUGAGCCCAAGUGAAACAGGUCUUGGUCCCCCGUCGGCAUGGCUCCUUGUUUUGUGUGGGGACGUUGUCCCCAUCGUAGAAGACGCGCUCUGAACAUCGCCUUGGUAGAGCCGCC